AUGGCUAGUCUCAAUGUUCUUACCUUUGAUGCUGAGGGUCGAGCUGUUGACUUUGAGGUCUGGCUAGAUGAUCUGCAGCUUUUCCUACAGUGCGAUAGCAAGGAUGGCCUCUCACUGUUCGAUCUCACGUCUGGCGCCUCUACUGCCCCUGCUGCUGAUGCUGACAGUACUGUUCGCUCGCAGUGGCUCACACGCGAUGCUGCUGCUCGUCUUGCUGUGCGUAAUCACCUGCCGUCUACUGAGCGCGCGCACUUUAGUCAGUACAAGAGUGCUAGGGCUCUGUACGACGCUGUAGUUGCACGCUACUCCUCCCCUACCACUGCUGCCCUCAGCCGCCUCAUGCUGCCGUACCUUUUUCCUGACCUUGCCGCCUUUGCCACAGUUGCUGACCUAGUUGCUCACCUCCGCACUAGUGACGCUCGCUACCGCGCUGCCCUUCCCACUGAGUUUCUUCCAACGAACUCCCCCCCCAUGUACAUCACCCUUUACUACCCAGUCACCCGCCUCCCUGACUCUCUCUCCUCAGUCAGGGAUCACUUCCUCUCCCUUUGCCCCACCGAGCUGACUGUCGACUUGCUAGAGGAGCGCCUUGCUGCAGCUGAGAAGAGUAUCUUAGCUGUCGGUGCUUCUCGCGGCGACCGUCGCACCCCCUUCUUUGAGGGGUGUUCCCCUGUCCCCCUUCUCCCCUCUGUUGCCUCUGCUGCUGCUGUCGACCUCGUUGGCACUGAGGAGGUCGGCGCUGCGUCUACUGCCCCUAGUGGGCGACGCCGCACUGGCAAGGGCAAGGGAAGCAGGGGUGGUGGAGGGGGCGGUGGAGACAGCGGUGGAGGAGGUGGAGGUGGUGGUGGGGGUGGUUCCGGGAGUGGGGGCGUCGGUGGCGGCAGUGGAGGCCGUGGCGGCGGUGGCGGAGGAGGUGGCGGCGGCGGCAGCGGUGGUGGAGGUAGCGGAGGAGGUGGUGCUGGUCGCGGUGUGGCCACGCAGCGUGGAGGCCUUGGUGGCAGCCAGCGUCAGCAGCAGCUGCGCACCCGUGAGACCCCGUCUGUUCAGCAGCUUCGUGAGUGGUACGCUGGGCGUGGGAGGUCUGGGGGUGCAGGUCCCUGCACGUACGUACUUCGCACCGGCACUCGUAGUGGGGAGGUGUGUGGUCUCCCACACACCACGCAGCGCUGCUUCGGCCGCUUGACUGACGCCUGGCGUACCCAGUUUCCUGACGCUGUUGAGCUUCGUCGUUGGCAUGAUCUGCUUCUGCAGAAUGUGCCUAUCUUUGAUCUAGACUUUGAUGCUAUCCUUGCUGCCAUGUAUGCUCUUGCUGAUAUUACUGAGGGUGACUGUUACCUGCGUGUCCCGCCCGACCCGGGCACUGUUGCCGCUGCUCCAGGUGCUUGUGCGGCUGCUGCUCUAGGUGCUAGUGCGUCUGCUGCUCCAGGUGCUGGUACGUCUCCUCUCUCUGGUACUACACCUAUUGCGUCCUUCACACUUUCACACUUGACUCUGGUGCUUCGCGCUCUUUCUUUAGAGACAGCACCACGCUCACGCCGCUCAGUCGGCCUGUUGCGGUCUCCCUUGCUGACCCCUCAGGGGCGGGGCCCAGUACUUGCACACUACUCCACUGUCCUACCGUGUCCUGCAGCCCCGUCGGGCUUGCUGUCGGGACUCCACCUCCCCUCGUUCUCUAAGAACCUGGUGAGUGGAGCUGACCUCCAGGACGCGUGGGUUGACCAGUUCACCCCUGGAGGUCAGCGUGUGACCCACUGCACUUGCUCUCGGACGGGCCGCCACCUGGCCACGUUCACCCGUCGGCCAGGGUCGAGUCUGUACACACUGAUUACUGCGCCUCCUCCGGUCUCUGCGUCUGGUCAGGUAGCUGCGUCCAGUCAGGUGUUUGCUGCCGCGUCCAGGUCUAGUCCUGCGUCUGCCCCCUGCUCGUGUCGUCCUCUGGCACACGAGACUCUCCUCUGGCACCACCGCCUUGGUCACCCCUCCCUGCCUCGUCUUCGAGGUAUGGCCUCCCAUGCCCUUGUCUCGGGUCUACCCAGGUCCCUCCCUCCCCUUCCUCCGGGGCCUGCCCCCACCUGUGUUCCGUGUGUCGAGGGCCAACAGCGUGCCGCCCCUCACUCCUCCUCGUUUCCUCCGACUGAGUCUCCUCUGCAGACUCUUCACAUGGACGUGUGGGGCCCAGCCCGCGUCCGUGGACAGGGUCACGAUCGCUACUUCUUCCUGGUCGUUGACGACUACUCGCGUUACACCACAGUCUUCCCCUUGCGCAGCAAGGGUGAGGUUCCUGAGGUGUUGAUCGACUGGAUCCGCGGUGCUCGUCGCCAGCUCAGUGAGAGUUUCGGCUCCGACCUUCCUGUUCUGCGUCUGCACUCAGACCGAGGUGGGGAGUUUUCCUCCGACCUCGUGAGAGCCUUCUGUCGUUCGGAGGGCAUCCGCCAGACGUUCACGCUUCCGGCCUCCCCGCAUCAAAAUGGGAUUGCUGAGCGCCGCAUUGGCAUGUACGCUGCGCAUCAGAUCAACCUUCAGCCUCGUGUCUCCUUGCCGGAGACCACACCUACUGUGCGGUGGACGGGGAAGGUUGGCGAUGCGUCCGCGUUCCGUGUCUGGGGAUCUCGAGCUUUUGUCCGCGAUACUAUAGCGGACAAGCUGUCCUCCCGUGCCGUUCCCUGUGUCUUCCUUGGCUUCCCUCCUGACGCACCCGGGUGGCAGUUCUACCACCCCACCUCCCGUCGUGUUCUGUCCUCUCAGGACGUCACGUUCGACGAGUCGGUGUCGUACUGCCGUCUCUUUCCCUACCGCACUGCCUCUCCCCCCCCCCCGCCACUCUUCCUGGCACCAGGUACUCCCCUGGUAGACCCCCUCCCCCCCCAGGGUCCUGCCCCCUUAGGUGUGUCCCAGGUAGACCCUGCCGAGCCGGUCGAGGUAGCUAUCGACUCAGAUGCUGCUAGGGGUGCUGAGUCUGGGGGUGCUGAGACUGGGGGUGCUGAGUCUGGGGGUGCUGAGACUGGGGGUGCUGAGUCUGGGGGUGCUGAGACUGGGCGUGGUGAGCCUGGGGGUGUGGAGCCUGAGGGUACUGUGUCUGGAGGAGCUGCUGGAGGUGCUGGCGCUGCUGGAGGUGGUGCUGGUGCUGGAGCUGCUGGAGGUGCUGCUGGUGCUGGAGCUGCUGGAGGUGCUGCUGGUACUGGAGCUGCUGGAGGUGCUGCUGGUGCUGGAGCUGCUGGAGCUGCUGGAGGUGCUGGUGCUGCUGGAGGUGGUGCUGGUGCUGGAGCUGCUGGAGGUACUGGUGCUGCUGGAGGUGCUGCUGGAGCUACUGGAGGUGCUGGCGCUGCUGGAGGUGGUGCUGGUGCUGGAGCUGCUGGAGGGUGA